UAAAGUGCUUUGAACUGACGGCGGGGUUGAGUCAGACAGAGAGAGCCCUCCUGUGCAGAUCCACCAGUGGGAAGGCAGCAGACGGAUGCAAGCCCUCCUCCUCCUCCUUUUCCUUCACUGUCGCAUCCAUCCAUUCUCUUAUCCAACUAUCCACCUAUCCAUCCACCCAUUCGCCUCCAAGGGCGUCUGAGGAGGCGUCAGAGACCCGCCGGGCACGCGCCAUGCGUGAGGACGAGUGAGUCCUUGGUGAAUUUUACGCCUGCUGCCUCUGGUCUGUUUGGAGCGGCUAUAACAGCUGAACCCGAACCGACUCAAGGAUGAAAAUGCUCCGGUUUCGCAGCCCCAGCAUCCGCUCCCUGGACCAGGAGAUCCCCUGCACGAUCAGGUUGUUGGACGACUCUGAGCUCUCCUGCAGCAUCCAGAGAGACACUAAAGGCCAGUUCCUGUUGGACCAUGUGUGCAAUCAUUACAACCUGCUGGAGAAGGACUACUUUGGGAUUCGAUAUGUAGAUCCUGAGAAGCAAAGGCACUGGCUGGAGCCCAAUAAGCCUGUUGUUAGGCAGAUGAAAUCAGCCCACCAGCCGUACAUGAUGUGCUUCCGGGUCAAGUUCUAUCCCCACGAGCCCAUGAAGAUCAAGGAGGAGCUCACCAGGUAUCUUCUGUAUCUCCAGCUGAAGAGAGACAUCUACCACGGUCGUCUGCUCUGCCCUUUUGCCGAGGCUGCAUAUCUAGGGGCCUGCAUAGUACAGGCUGAACUUGGAGAUUAUGACGCAGAAGAGCAUCCAUCAGACUACAUCAGAGACUUCAAACUGUUCCCUAAGCAAUCCCUCAAACUGGAAAGAAAGAUCAUGGAAAUACACAAGAAUGAGCUCAGGGGCCAGAGUGCUGCACUAGCUGAGCUAAACAUGCUCCAAAGGGCUCACAGUCUUGAAACGUAUGGAGUUGACCCACACCCGUGUAAGGACUUCACAGGCGCCACCGCUUUUCUCGGGUUUACAGCCACAGGGUUUGUGGUUUUCCAGGGAAACAAGAGGAUUCACCUCCUCAAAUGGAUGGAUGUUAGCAAGCUGAAGUUUGAAGGGAAAACCUUUUACGUCAUCGGGAUUCAGAAAGAGUCAUCAAUGAAGAAACUGGUGUUGACCUUCCACACCUCGACGCCUGCAGCGUGCAAACACCUAUGGAAAUGCGGUGUGGAGAACCAGGCCUUUUACAAAUGUGCAAAGUCAAGCCAGAUAAAGACCGUUUCCAGCAGCAACAUCUUCUUCAAAGGCAGCAGGUUCAGAUACAGUGGAAGGGUGGCUAAGGAGGUGAUUGAAGCCAGCUCUAAAAUUCAGAGGGAGGCUCCAGAGGUGCGCAGAGCCCAGUUUGGUCAAAGUCGAAGUUUCAACUCUUUGAGCCACAAAAAUCUCAUCAUGAACAUGGAGCCUCUGGUACCUGCACUGCCCUCCACCAAUGAGUAUGAGGAGACGGCAGCAGACAGUGGUGCCGUCGCUGUGAAGGACUCUGUCCCUCUGUCUCCUCUUGAACCUCCAGCAGAGCCAGCUGCUGUAGAGCAUCGAAGUGUCAAAGGAGAAACCUCUGCUCUGAGCAAUGACCUGCAGCCUCCCUGUGUUUCAACAGAAACCUCAAACCUCCGACCUCAAGCACUGAAAGAUGAAGACGGAUUUGAAGAGGAGGAUGACGCUGGUGGCGCACUCACCAUUUCUGAAACUGCAUACAGCCCGUGUGCCAGCAUGCUCCCCAGCCCGGUGGACGACAGUCAGGGAGGCGUUGACCUGCUCUUCUCUCCGAUCCAAAGUCCAGCCAGGCUGUUGAGGGAGCUGCACGCUGACCCUGACAUUCAGGCCCAGCUAGAAGCUGAGAGGGCGCGAGACCGCGCCUACGAACGCACCCGCCUGGCUGCAAGAAGUCCGAUGAGUGGAGUCCUGACCAACAGUCUCCGCUUGCUGUCCUCCAACGAGAGAGUCAAUGCAUGCGUGCUGAGCGUGGUCCGCUUCAUUUCUGUGGUAGUAGGCGUUCUGCUCAUCACUGUGCCCGCCCUGCUGCUGCUCCUGGAGUCGGACAUCGACUGGUCAUUCCUUCACGAGAUCCGACAGACGCCAGAGUUUGAGCAGUUCCACUACGAGUAUUACUGCCCGCUCCGGCGCUGGAUCCUCUGCAGGAUCAGCAUGGCCAUGGAGAACCUGUGGUCAGACUGAAGAACAGAAGUGGAAAGCAAGUGUCUGUCUUAAUGAUUUGAUUUACUCGAUGUGUGUUCAGUCUUAACUAUCUUACAUCAAAAGAGUUAACCUGUCAGGGGGUGAAAUGAUUCUACUUUCACUGUUUUGUCAUUACUUAGGAUGGCUGACAAACUGUAGCAUAGUGCUUGUUAUAAAAAUGUAUCCAACGAGGUAAUUCUGUGGAACUUAUAUCAAUUUCUGCAGAACACGUUCUCCCAUUUGUCAGUGUGGUUAACUGCAGAAACAUAAUAUGAUCCUUACCCCAAGAGUCAUACUGUUAAGAUGGACACUUUUAGCAAAAAUUAACUAAAAAUUUAAAAAACAAACAGAGGAGCAAAAAAAAAAAAGGAUUGUGGGAGGUAAUAGGCAAAAAAAUCACAAAUACACAUAAAAAAAUUAAACUGUUGUUUUUCAUAAAAUCCCAUUGUGGUCUGCCCACACCUGAUGAUGACUUGUGGGUACCAAUCCCCCCUGAAACAUUUCGGAUUAGUUGUCGUCCUCAGGAUGCUAAAUUGUUCUGUCAGGUGUGACGGAGUGAGGGGUCAAAAUUACUUAUUUGUAGUGUACACAACAAAAGCCACAGUCAGAGAUACGUUAUUUAUAUCCAAAUGAACAAAUAUAUUAAAAAAAAGGCUGUUAAAUAAGUUGUUUUUAAGAUUUUUUACCUUUUUAUGUGAUCUUUCAAGAGUUUUUCAGUCAGAGGAUCUACUUUGAGAUUAUUUUCAAAUUAAGAGUUUACAAAAGAUGUAUUUAAAAAAAUAAAAAUAAAAGGAGGCUCAUUUACUGCAGUUUAUCUGGGUGAUGGGUGUUGGGAAACAAAGUUUUAAGACUACCGCUGACAUUUGUUGAGGUGGUAGUACUUUCAUACCGAGGUUAGAGCACAAAACAUUGCAGAUCAGAGAUGAUUGAGAGGAUGUUGAAUACAGGAGAAGGAAAGGAGAUGCGAGUACCUGAGUAAUGUCGUGUUUGGAUUAACUUUUGAAUGUCUUUUGCACUACAUGUUAGUUUGUACGUAAAGGCUGUUAGGACAUCUUUCAGCACUGUAGUUGACAAGAAGUGUUUCCAAUAUGAAUGCAAGGGGAGAAGAAAAAAAUUCAAAAUAAGGUCACAAGGUUUAAAUUAAUGAGGGCUUCUGCUGAACAAAAUCAAUGUUUUACUUAUUGGCAUUCAUAAAAAUACCCAUAUUAAUUUUCCUGGUACAUAAAUAAAGGCUUAAUCAAAUAAAAAAGGAGCAAGAAUAAACACUAAAACCAAUGUAUGGCGUGGAGUUGAUUUCUGUAAUCGUUCAUGCAAAUUAAUACUAAAAAAUAUACUUAUUUGUGCUUUUUUUUGGAACAUAAAGCCAUCAAAACCUUGUCAGUUUGUCCUACAGAGAGGGCUUCUUCAGUGUAGUGUUGUGGUUUUGAAUGACAGAAGUUAAAACAUGCAAACAAUGAGAAAAAAAAACAAAGUUUCAUUCAAAAUGUUGCUCAGUUUGGAUGAACACCUCAGGAAAGGGCAUUAGCAAUUUCUGUCAAAAUCAAAGUAUGUCUAACAACCCGCAUGUACAUCUUAAUAUAUUUAAAUCAUGUAUUUUAUCAUGCUUUCAUCAAUAUCCAUGCAUUAUAUGUGUAUGCAGUAAAUUGCUUUAAUUUUAUCAAGUACAUGAGUUCUGAUCGUUUCCCACAUCAGUAUAUGUUCAAAUUACAGCUUUCUCUUCAUGUUUCCAAGCAUAAGUGCUGGAUUUGAAAAAAUAAAGAUUUGUACAGCAUCGUAGUUGUGUACGUGUAGACUGAGCUUUAGUCAAAGUAUGCAGUACCAUUCCAAGUAUUUUAUUAAUACAAUAUCUGCCCUGAGUUUCAGUUCCAAAAGGGAUAAAAAGGCUGCAGUCGCAUGUCAUGUUUCAUUGCAAAACUGAGAUAAGAUUAACUUUACUGCAGCAAAUGAAAUGAAUGUGUAGUCUGCCAUCCCAUAACAGAGGUGGUCAUGUCACUCAAUCUUCAUUUGGAGAUAUUAAUACUCCUUGAUGCAAAGCCACAAUAAACCAGCAGAGUUCACAUUGCUUCAUUGCUAGUUAUUGUCCUCCUUUGCUGUGCUUCAUGUUUCCAGAGAAUAAAUGUCUGCUCCUUUUCCUCAUCUGUCAGUGCAAAUAGCAUGCCCUCAUUUGUAAAUAUUGUGUUUAUACCUGUGGCAAAAAAAAAAAAAAAUAGAAAAAGAAGAAGCUGUCCUUUCUUUCUUCCCUCUCUUUGUCUUCUCAAUGUUAGGUAAUGUAGAUACAGGCUUGGCUGUCUCAACCAUCUUACAGUUCUGCAUGUUUAUUGUGUUUUUGAACCAGAUGAACAGAUUUUUAGAGAAGCCUUACCCAGGAAGACACGUUUUUAAGGGGAUUUACAGUUAUAUUGUUGAAUCGGAAAUACUGGCAAAUGUAUUUUGUUUUUGAGCUAGUUAACAAAAAAUAAAGGCUUUGGAAAAUGUAACUAUACCACCACAUAAACAGCAUUUCAGAUUAGAAACAUUAUGCUAUCACUGUGUGUCUGUAAAAUGUUAACAGUAACUUCUUGCUUCAUUAAUAGCAGAGAAACAUGUCAGCUAACUGAAACAUUGAUGGAAAUUAGUCUUUAUUUUAAAAAAAAAUUAAACACUGAACCAAAUAUCCGUCGUCACACUGACUGAAUGCUAAAAGUUUGUGCGUUUAGUUUGUGAUAAAUGUAAAACCCUUUUGAUAUAUUACAUUUUUUUGAGAAAAAUAAAAGGUUUAAAAGUUUCUGAGAACACCUUCUGUGUAACAAAGACCAUUGCCACAUGUGUCACUGUAGCAUUACAUGACAUUGUAGCUCAGUUAUGAUGUCUUCAGUAGCUGCUUUAAACUAACUUGUUUUUAUAUUACUAAAAACGUUUGAUUUAAAAGAGACAAGUGGAAGACCUGAAAGUAUUGUUGCCUCUUUUUAAACUGUGAUUACCUAAUUGAUGUCACAUGAUUUCAAUGCAAAUUUACAAGUUCCUGACAUGAGUCAAGUAUUUAUAAACCUUAAAUUUAAUUAUUGCUCUGUGGAGACAAGCUAACUAAUGUAACCAUUUAAAAGUAAUAAGUGCUUUGAACUAAUUUAUUUAAGAUUUUAAAUAUUUGAACUCAGGUCUACUUUAUGCAAAACUGAAAAAUACAUGUUAAAAGACGAAAUGUAUAUUCUUUCAGUGUUAUAUGGGCAUGCACAGUGGCGAAUCCUAUUGCACGGUUUCGGUUGUUUUCAGCUGUCAAUCAAACCUCUCGUUCAGUGGUGUUUUCUAUUGUUUUAUUUUACUUUCCUUGUUCAUUUGUUUCUGCUAAUUUAUUUAUUUAUUUAUUUGUUUUUUGGUUUUUUUUAAGAACACUAUUGGAGAUUUUACUGAAGUGAAAUCUUUAAAAAGAAAAAAAAAAAACUCUAGUACUGACCCUCCUCUUCUGGGACAACCAAGCCUUAUAAACUUUGUGAAGUGAAAAUUUUGAAUGUUUCUAUGUUCUAAAAGCAAAACAAAUGGGUUGUUUUAUAUGUUAAUACUGCCACAAUAAAGCUCACUGAAUAUAUAUUA